CCAGCUCUGUCACCUGUAAGCAGGGGCGACAGAAGGAAGCUAGGUAGGAGGGUUGUCAUCUGAAAGUGACAUUAAUAAUGACUGUUUCACGACGUUGUUUCGAAACUUAGAUCUAAGUCAUCACUUUUUUUAGGCAAGUGACAGGUAGUAAGCCCUAAGUGACAACUGCUAAUAUAGGUGGAAGACGCUUUGUUUUUUUUUAUUGGAUGGUGUAAUGUAAUCUCACAACCACUUUAACAAAAGCCGAGGCUCAGGUUGGUGGAACGAUGGGCUUGAGUCAGGAGCUAGCAGUGAGGAAGUUUGGAUUCAGGGGCAGGUGUGCUUACUUCAGUCUCGGGCUUCGUCUAAUAUCACACCUGCCUUAAACUGGCAUCGCAGCCCUCACAGCGCUUAGCAAAGUGGCUCGUGCCCAAAUCCCCAGGGAUAGAAGGGAACGUGAAUGUAGGUGGAAUCCUACCAUGUGUCACAUGUAUCCUGGGAUUUCUAGUGUCUCUUCAGGUCCCUUGGUUCAGACAGAGGUUCCUGGCCCCUUCUGCAUUGUCAGGCUUUCUGUCCUGGCCCCUUCUGCAUUGUCAGGCUUUCUGUUGUUUAAGUCUGAUGUUAUAAUGAAUUCCAAGAGCCAGGUUUUCGCCCCUAAAUGAAUUUGUUUCUCACAUCCAUGUCCCAGUUGCCUUGAAACAGAGCAACCCUUGUGAGGUAGGAAGCAGGGGGCCUCUGUGAACAGGAGUCUCACCUGGAAGAGAGCACCCCUCUGACCUUAGACCUCUCUCCAGAGCUUCAGAGCAGAGGCAGAGAGCCCAGAAAGGAGCAGAUCCUACAUUUGCAGGGUCAGAAGCAGUUCUUGUCCCCCCUGCCCAGAAGGAGCCAGCUUAAUGAUGAUGCCACCUUCAGAAGCCACCACACUGUGUGACAGUGGGCUGUUUGAGCUAUCCUUGAGAAGAGCAAGGUGAGCUGGGGUGGCCCAGGGGCAGGCUGCUCAGGAAAGGCCACUUCAUAGGAGAGCUUGUGAGGGCAAGGUCCGGGGGUACGGGAUAACCAGGCAGAGGGGGGAAUUCUGUCUCCACUCCCCUUAAAUGGCCUCCACUCCCUACAGAUGCUGUGCUGCUAUCACAGGUGUCCAUCACCAUGUGUGACGCUAGUGACAUUGUCCAGACGUCACAGGAUCCCAGAGUGAUGAUGUGUGAAGGGUUUUCCAAGGUCAUCUACUUCUAACUCUUUUGAAAGCUUUAAAGACAUUGGGCCCGAAAGGUUCAGUGACUUGUCCAGGGAAACCCAGUUUGUUUGUGACAGUUCACUCUCUCACAGUCAGAAGGACACAUGCAUUAUUGUGAAAUCAUCGAGAAAAGUUUGUGUUCACUCAGUAAAAGACUGCAGAUUUAAGCCCCAUGGUCAUUUCAUAGUCACACAAAGACAGGUGGUGCCACCUCUCCAUGAUCCUUCUCGUGCCUUUUCAAGGCCUGGAGGGCCCUAUGCCUAUUGGGAGGAUGAUCCCCAACUGGGGUGCUGAGAUUUUGGGAGGUGAAUUAGGAGAUGUAAGGCAGGUCAAAUCUCAGGAUCCCCGUCUGCUUUCUGUCCUGUCAGCUGAGCCACAGUUCUCUACAUUCCCAGGAGCCACAGAAAGUGAACAUCCCUCAGGUCCCAGUGUCAUUCAGGGACGUGACUGUGGAGUUCACCAGGAGGAGUGGCAGCAGGUGGGCCCUGUACAGAGAUGUGAUGAGGCUGGAGAGCUACAGCCACCUCGUCUCUGUGUUUGUAUGUGGGCCACCACCACAGCAUGGACACUGACGAGUGGUGCAGGUCUGCACCCGGGAACCGAACUUGGGCUGCCAAAGUGGAGUGUGCUGAACUUAACCACUAUGUCACGUGGCAAGUCUUUAAAGAAUGAAAGCCAUGGAAACAGGAUCCAGAAGCCUGAGUCCUGCUUUCUGAUAGGAACGGGAGUCUGGUGAAAAGGAAAACAGUCCUAGAAGCAGAGCAAGAGUGUGGGAUCACUCCUGGGUGGUGCUGCUACCUUAUUUGGACAGGUCACUUCCUAGAUGUGCUGAGUGUGCAGAUUCUGUCUCAUUGCCUCCUCCAAUGUUUCUCUGAAUGGAAGCAAAUAUCUGGGUACCAGAUAUGACUUAUGUGACCUCAAGCCAGUAACUCAGCCCCUUUAAACCAUGACCUCUCUCUUGGUUAGAAGUCCUUGGACCCUGGGUACGUGGAAAACAUCCCAGAAUGGGAGUUAUCUGCUGAAUUCUCUAGUAGAGGCUUUGCCAUCAAUUGUGUGACUCAUUCUUUCUGAUGUUCAAGCUGUGAGAACCAAGUUUGAAAUGAUGGAUGUGCUCUAUUACAGUUAUUAAUAAGAGGAGAAGUUAAACUUUGCAGCCUGUAGGGUUUGCUUCCUCUAUAAGCCUGGCUAUCUCUACAGGAGCUGAAGGUUGCAUCUUUAGGCCUUUGGUCUGCGAGCUAGAGCAGAGUAGAGAGACUGUGGUGGAACCAGGGUGAGCCCUAUUGCACCUAAGUUUUCCUCCCCUCUAAGUCUGAAUACUGGCAGUGGUGAGUCAGGUGGUUCUACGGGCUCCUUUCACUCUACCAUUCAUGAGGACCCCACACCACCUUUACCUCUAUGCCACCUUUCCUCUUUCGUUGGAUGCGCCACCCCCCUUGUUGUUUUUCUUGCCAGCCACCACUCCACUUAGCUGUUAAACAGCUUUGACCUUGAUGACAUGGAGAUGGAUGAGGACAAGGAUCCACUUGGCACCUUUGGUCACUUUUGCUUCUGUGAACUGAGUGAGGUGUCCAAGAAGAAACUCUGGUGUUAGGAAGACUUCUAAGAAGGUUCCAAUGAUCCCUGCUUCCUGAUGUUCACACCCUUGUGUAAACCCCUGCCUUGGAGUGUAGGCUGGGCUUAGUGGUUUGCUUCUGACUCAUAGAAUAAGGGAAAGGUGAUGGGAUGUUAUUUCCCUCAUUAGUUUACAAAAGAUUGUAACUUGUGUCUUGCUA